AUGGAUGAAGACAAGCACGAAAAUGGUGGCGAGCUAGACGGGGACGACGCCACGGAGGACGAGCUGGAAGAUGGGGAGCUCGAUGAGGAGGAAGAGGAAGGAGAGGACGUGCUUGAAGAAGCAGACGCUAGCCAGGAAGAGAUUGAGGAGAUGGAAAAGGAGCUGGAUGAGGCUGGAAAGAAGGAGCUCGACGUGAAAGGCAUCAAGCAGAAAAGAAAGAUCAAGGAGAACAGCGGUUCUUUCAAGGGAAAGCUGGCUUCGUUGGCGAAGCGUUUCGAGCCAAGAAGGGACGGCCUGUUUGUCAUCGUGCCCUACACGACCUUCAUGGCUUACAGUCCAAUUUUGUCGAAAAAGGAGUGGCGAUCAUUGGUUUUGGACGAGGCUCACAUCAUCAAAAAUCCCGAAUUGAGGCUAACUAAAGCCCUGAAAGUUCUGGCUACGCCUCAUCGCCUCUUGCUGACCGGCACGCCACUACAGAACAACUUGAAGGAACUAUGGAGUCUCGUCGAUUGCGCAUAUCCGGCCAACGCUUCGCCUAUGAUGAAGGAGACCGCAGUGAGGUGUGCCCAUAUUUUGAGAAAUGCUAUCGGUCCGUAUUUACUACGCCGUACAAAGGCCGGCGUCGAACGCGAGCUGAACCUGCCGAACAAACAGGAACAGGUCCUGUUUUGUGAACUGACGACAGAGCAGCGGGUCCUAUAUGUGGAAUUUUUGCACAGCCGCGCCUGCCAAAGGAUGAUUGAAGCCAAGAACACCUUUCUGCCCUUUGCCGGGAUUACGAUUCUUCGAAAGUUGUGCAACCAUCCGCAUCUUAUUGGGAAUGCGUUUGCCGGCGCCAGAACCUUUGCGGAAUCCACAGCCUCCAAGGCGUUUGGUCAUCCCUCGUUGAGCGGAAAGUUGGAAGUGACGAGGCGACUGUUGGCACUGUGGAAAAAGCAGGGCAGCAAUAAGGUUCUCCUCUUCUCGCAAAGCAGGGUGAUGCUCGACGUCAUCGAGGCGAUGCUCUUGCGUGAUGGGCACACCUACUUGAGAAUGGAUGGAAGUACGCCAAUCUCGGCUCGCGAUGCCCAACGGGUGCUCACAAAGAAAGCACAGCAAAGAUUGGAAUUGAGCACCACUGAUAUUCGCGAUCUGUUCACGCUAUGUGACGACAAGGAAGAACGAACGGGCAGGGCUGAAAAGAAGAAGGCGAAGAGGGAAGAGAAGCUGGCUUUCAACCAACGAUCCGACCGCUUCGACCAACUCGUUUCGGCCGAAAGCGGCGCACGGAAGAAGGAACCGGCUGAUGCAGAUGUGCCCGAGGAUGAGGAGAGCCUCCCGACACUGACGGACGAUCAACGAGCCGCCCUGGUUCAUGAAGCGGCAACGAGUGAUCCUACUAUCGUGCCGGAAAAAUGCGAACGAUCGGCACGCCCUGCGGACUCAGCCGAGCUUUUUGAUGGGAAAUAUCAGAUUCCUUAUUUGGUCAAGCAUACGAAGGCCCGGCGCGAUCGAAAGAGGGAGGAAGAAGAAAAGGCUGCGAAGACCGAAGACGGCGUGAUGGCUUUCCUCUUGAAGCGAGGUGUACGAGAAGCGCUAAAUCAUGACGCUGUCCUCGGAUACACGGAGCGAAAAAAGGUGGAAGAACACGAGAGGCGCGCACGCGGAUUGAUUGGCGAAAAAGAGAAAAAGGAAAAGGCAGCGGAAGAAGCGGCCGCAAAAUUGAAAAAGAGGGAAGUGGACGAGCCACCUACCACCGGGCAAAGCUUUCUGGCUGCCGCUGGUUCUCGUUUCUUGGCUCGACCGGGUGGAUCACAGAAUGAUCUCCUCUCCGCUGUGCGGAAGCGGAAGUCACAGGAGCAACGCGAGGUCGAGAAAUGUCUACCGCCACGU